AUGAGUUCGCGUGCAACAUAUACCGAUGAGGAGAAGAAACAGCUUCUGAUUAAUCUUGAUAUUGAAGCAGUACAACAUCGGACUCGUCAGUUUCGCUCAUGGCUCGAAGAUCAACUCGAAGGCUUCAAGAUUCAUCAGGAGAACACCAUCUCGCGCAUACCCAAACCCGUCAGGACCAUAACGAUGAAGGAAUUCGGCGAAAAGUACCACGGCAAUCCUGUCAUUGCGGUCACAGGAUCUCAGAAGGAAAAGCUGGCGGCACAAGUAGGCGAUGGACUUGGAGAAAUUGAUAAAACUGAGAGGAAGCGGAAAUGGAUGGCGAUACAAGAGACAAGAGACGGCGAUGACGCCGAGUCAUCAAGGAAUUCCAAGAGUGCUCGUCUUACGUCGUAUAUAUCGCCAAAGAAGAAAGGGGGUACAUCCACUGGGCCAGGUACCGCGCAACGCGCUAGACUUCUUGCAAGCGGAGAAAAGGCACCAGGCAGGCCCCGUGCUCCAAUGGAUAGAAUACCCGGCUCGCCUAGUCCGCAGAAAGUCAAACCUCCUUUCACCACUUCGAAUGCUCAUAUUCCGCGUGCUCCUUCAUCUCCUUCGAAGUUACCUCUACCAGGUUCAUCCCGAACGCGUGUCCCGUCGAGCUCGACGUUCAAUCCUAUUCUGCCUGCGAAAAACCCUUCUUAUCCCCGAAUUGUUCAUCACACGCAUACUUCUUCCGCCACUUAUCGUCCUCCUAGAAAGGACGAGCAGAUGCUUAGUCUGAACGGUUCGCCACUAGCGAAUCCGUUUUGGACGGAUGGUCUACUGCCACCAGAUAGCAGGUCUAGCGGGGACAUGGGUGAACCACGCACACUGAAACGCACGCAGAGUAAUAUAUCCAUCCGGAGAGAUCCUUCAUUCGUCUCCGGUCUCCCUCCUCGAGCAGACUCCCAGAGCAGUUUCUAUCCUGGCACAUCAUCUAAACCACAUUCACGGAACAACUCUGAUGCUACCUUGGCUGAGUCUACAACGGGGCCAUAUAGUGGUCUUCCAAAAACCUCUUUCGAGACACCGUACGCUCCGACAAAAAAGUAUAUGGUAACAAUCUCAACAAAGGAUGGUCAUAUUCUCGAAUUCGAUCCCUUACAAACGUCGCCGAAAGCAUUGGAUGCUCUCGAGGGAAUAACAGACAGCGCAAAGAAGCAGGCAAGGGAAGAGAUGGGCCGUUUAGUUGAAGCGGCUGUAGACAAAUGGAAGAUACGCUGA